AUGACGUCGUUCGGCGCAGAAAUCAUAAGAGCUCAAUUCAUGCCAACUUUCAAAGUGAAAAGACAAAUUUAUCAUAAAGUCGGCUCCCUGCUUCCAUUCCCAGAUGGUCAACAUAAAUUCCUUCAAAUGUAUUUCAUCGGUGAUGGCAAUGACGAAUUGAAUGCACGCUGCCGGCAUAAAAAGGUCCAUCAUUUCCCAACUGCAAGAGCUUUUUCACAAAAAAAAAACAAUUUAGUGCAUUUGUUCAAAACAGCAAUUGACAUGAUGCCAUCUGAUACACACAAGAUUGUUAUUCAUGCUGAUAAAACGCCUGCUGGAGAACAUGUGCGAAGAUUCAAUGCUCCAACUAUAGAUGAAGUGGCAAUUGUUAUAGUCGGAGAUCAGUUCCAACCUAGAGAUAUUGUUCUUCAUCGGAGAAACGAUCAAUUGACAAAAGUUGCAGAAACUCAUCGAUGCUACGAUGCCCUGCAAUAUCCAAUCAUUUUUUGGGAUGGUGCCAAUGGAUAUCACUUCAACAUUAAGAUGAUAAAUUCAGUCAAUGGCAAAGAAACAAAUAUGAAAUGCAGGGCAAUGAACUAUUAUUCAUACCGAUUAAUGAUUCGAGAGAAUGAAGACAAUCACAUUUUGAAAUGUUGUCAAUUGUUUCACAAAUAUAUCUUAGAUAUGUAUGCAAAAAUCGAAACAGAACAUUUGAUAUUCAUUCGUUUGAAUCAGACCAAGCUUCGCUCUGAAGAAUACGUUCAUUUGCGAGAUGCAGUUGUAAAUGACGGUAAUACAACUAACGUUGGAAGACUAACAAUUUUGCCAUCUUCAUAUACAGGCAGUCCUCGUCAUAUGCAUGAGUACGCUCAAGAUGCACUUGCGUAUGUUCGCCACUACGGGCGUCCAGACCUAUUCAUUACAUUCACAUGCAAUCCAGCUUGGGACAAUAUACAACAGCUCUUACUUCCUGGGCAAUCGCCAGUGGAUAGGCAUGACAUCACAGCACGUGUUUUCAGACAGAAGCUGAAAUCGCUGAUGGAUUUCAUGGUAAAACAAGAAGUAUUUGGGUCUGUGCGCUGCUGGAUGUGCUCGGUGGAAUGGCAAAAGAGAGGAUUGCCACACGCACAUAUACUAAUCUGGCUCUAUAACAAAAUCACUUCAACUGAAAUCGACGAUAUAACAUGCGCUGAAAUACCCGAUGCCGACGUCGAUAAGGAUUUGCAUGAAGUUGUGACGAAAAAUAUGAUACAUGGACCUUGCAGUACACUGAAUCCAAAUUCACCAUGCAUGAUAGAUGGAAAAUGCUCUAAGCGAUAUCCUCGAGCAUUAGUAUCCAACACAGAUACAGGAAACAAUGGAUAUCCUUUAUACAGAAGAAGAUCAGCAGAAGAUGGCGGUAAAUUAGCAACCAUACAAAUGCGAAACGGUGACAUCGAG